AUGGCUCAUUUCCUAGAUCGAAAUGCAGCUGAAGGUCGCAGCCUGAGGCCUCGGGGUCUGCAAGUCAGAGCAGGCAGGACCCAAGGAUACUGCGAGGUUUUAGAAGCUGCCAAGGAGUAUAGAAUAGCAGUCGAUCUGCUGAGGGUCAGCCUUUUGGAAAGACUGUUUGAAUCCAAGAUCCCAAAUGCUUCACACAGACAUGAAAGCACACAGGGACACAAUUGUUCUCUUGGAGAUAUUAAAAUAGCUGAGGUGAAUAUCAAGGGAUUAUUUGUGAGACUUGUUAACUCGUCCACUGACAAAGAAAUGGAGAUCGGAGAUCACAUUCUCCUGCAGAAUGUGGGUGGACAUCCAAUUUCCUCCUACCGUUUCCUCCCCAACAUCACAAUGCAGGCCAAUUCCAUGGUGACGAUGACAAUUGCUUUUUCAAAGGUGUGGGCUACAGCCUCAGAUGUGAAGCCACAGCCACCAACAGUUUGGGAAGAGCAGAGCAGAUUCCGGUGGAGUCCAGACUGCACAACCAUCCUGGGCAAACCCAACGGCGAGGCUAUUGCCUGGUGUACUCCGAUUCACUGGAAGCAAGCUUGGGAGAAGUUAGAGACUGACACUGAAUUCGAGGGAUGUUCAGUCACCGUCCCAUCACUGCGAAGCCAUAUGUUUCGGUGGACGACAUCUGUGACUUCCAUAAGUAAAGAAGGGCAAGGUCUGUUGAAGAAAGAGUCCCCUAAGUGUCAGCUAGAAGUGGUCCAGCCUUCGCUCACAAAGGACAUGGAAAUCCUGCCAACCAUUUUCUCCAACUCCAGCCUUUGGUGUCGCAGUCCCUACACCCCUCCACAUCCUUUCUGUUCUCUGAUUGAACCGUACUACUCAGACAUUUCCGAGAACAGCUUGAGGCCACAGUUCAAGUCUCAACCAACCAAUCGUGACCCAGCCACAGAGACCAAGAAAAAGAAAAAGUCAAGAGAAGAGGAGGAUGUCAACCCAGCCAGUGGAGUGAGUAGGAAUGUCGCAGAGUUGCUUUCUCCGUGAAAAAGAGCACAGCAAAUAAUUGUAGUUGGUUUUCUGUAACAAUUUCUUCUGAGACAGUCUCACUUUGUAGCCAAGGCUGGCCCUCAAACAUGUGGUGGUCCUCCUGCCUCAGCCUCCUGCUGCAGUGAUAGCUUUGAGAAGAAAAGACAUGCGUUGUGCAUAUAUGUCUAUCUGUAGACCCUAAUUUUCAGACAAAUAUUUAUCUUCCUGUCAAGUAAUAUCCUCUCCUAAGCAAUCACUUGCCCCAGCUCUUCAUCUUGUUCUUGGUAGGUGAGUAGCACGCCAUGGGAGCCCAGACUCAGAACUCUGCAAUCCGUACCUGCAACACAUUGUUUAUUACAUAAGAGAGCUCAUUCUGGCUGAGCCCCCCAGGCCAGCUCUAACCUUGUGUCUUUAAUGAUUCUGAAGGGAAGAGCAGGAAGUGCAUUUUCCACUAUCUUUUGCCCAGGGACUUGCAGCGCCUCACUGUGAGUCACCUUUGAAGUUACUUCAUCUUUUUCACGGUGAUACUAACUCUCAGCUAUGAAGGAGAUCCCAGCAAAGGCAAUGUUCCAGUUUUUCUUUUAAGUGAUUUCCCCUAAAGGUUGAGGUCAAGGUCAAGGCAGGGUCAGUGUCUUUCUUAAGUUCACACCAGCAACAGUGUUCCCUGGCUCUUUCUCCCAGAGUUUAAGGUUGGAACUACUGCACCCUAACCCUACCCUGUUAGCUAGU